AUGGGGGAGACGACGACCGCGAAAACGACUAAGAAAAAUGAAAUCGUGUGUUGUUGUCUCGGCGACGCGGUGACUGAUUUCAUCGUCAUGAUGGACGAUACCGAUCAUCUCUCGUCCUCUCUGUCGAACUUAGGCGGGUGCGAAGUCGUCGAUUCGAGGGAAGAUUUCGAAGCGAUGAUGACAAAGGAAACGUCCGAUGUAAAAGAGACAAAGUUUGGCGGAAGCGCGGCGAACGUGGCCAGAGGCAUCGGGAAUUUAACGACACAGUAUAAUAAAGACCAAAAGGUUGAUCUUAAAGUGUUCUUUGCCGGGACAAUCGCGGAUGAUAAGGAAGGGAACGCGUAUCUGAAAGACUUGGAAAAGAACAGAGUCAGAGCGGAGAAAAAUGCCACUGUUCGAGUGCUUUCGAGCGCUUCCGAAAGUUCCGCAAAGUGUUUAAGUUUUGUGAACAAAACGAACGGCCAACGGACGAUGCGGACGUAUUUAGGCGCGAGUAAGUGUAAACCGGACGUGGACAAGGUUUUGGAGGUUUUUAAGAGGAGAAAAGAGGAAGAGGAAAAGAGCGCGAGCGCGACGACGAGACUGUUGCACUGCGAAGGAUACGCGCUGUACGAUCCAAAGUUCUUGACGAGUUUGAUUACCAAAGCGAAAAAUUUGUACGAAACAGACGGGACGAAGGUGUUGGUAUCGAUCGAUUUAGCCUCGUUUGAGGUGGUUCGGAAUAGUCGAGAAACUUUGUUGACUCUGUUGGAACGAAAUCCAGGCGUCGUGGACGUGCUUUUUUGUAACGAGGACGAGGCAAAAGCGUUGGUCGAGAUCAUUCCAGAGUUGUUCCUGGAGGAGCAGCAGCAAACGACGAGAAAAAACGACGAGAACAACAACGAAGGAGAAGAAAUCGAAGCUAUGGUUGCCAGAACCAUCGCGAAGAAAAUAAACGGCACGUGUGUCGUCACGCAAGGCAAGCGAGGCUGUCGCUGCUACUCCGCCGACGACGACGAAGAAAAAGAAGAAGAAGAAAAAGAAGUGCACCACGUCCCGGCGCCUGCCCUGAAAACCGUCGUCGAUACCACUGGCGCCGGCGACACCUUCACCGCCGGCUUCUUAUUCUCCUACUUACUCUCCACGACGACGAAAACGAAAACGAAAAUCACGAAAAGAAAUAAAGAAGAAAAAAACGACAUCCUACUCAAAGCCGCGCGACUCGGAUGCGAAGCCGCCUCAAAAAUGUGCGCCGCGGUCGGGUGUGAACUCGACGACCACCAAUGGGAAGAGAUACUAAUUCGUGCUGCUCAAUGA